AUGAAGCAAGCCAGUUCUAUCCUCGCCCUCGCGGGCCUGAUCUCUCUCGCCCACGGCCACGGUUUCGUCACCUCGCCCAAACCCCGUAUGCCCGGAUCGGCCAUGGAAGCGGCCUGCGGUCAACAAGUCACGAUCAACCAAGAGUCCGACAACUACGGCAACAUCCAGGGUGAACUGCAAAUCGCCGCUGGCCAAAGCGACUACAACGCGGCGGCCUGCGACAUCUGGCUCUGCAAGGGCUACAAGUACGCCGACAACACGGCCAACGUCUUCUCGUACACUGCGGGCGAGACGGUCGACUUUGUCGUGGACAUCCGCGCGCCACACACCGGGGUCGCGAACGUCUCGAUCGUCGAUACGGCGUCGAACACCGUGAUCGGCGGGCCGCUGAUCUCGUGGGAUGUCUACGCGUCCACCGCGACGGGGGUCACUAAGAACGAGACCAACUUCUCGAUCACGAUCCCUGAUGACUUGGGCGACAAGUGCUCUGAGGGAGGGGCGUGCGUGAUCCAGUGGUACUGGUAUGCGCAGUCAAUCGAUCAGACCUAUGAGUCUUGCAUUGAUUUUACGCUGGGGUCUGGUUCGAGCUCUAGCUCUGCCUCUAUUGCUUCCACCUCUUCCACCUCUAGUGCUUCCACCUCUAAUACAAGCACUGUAACCGAUACCGCGACCGCUACCGUCACCGCCACAGCCACUGUAUUCCCCACCUCGCUCUCCUCCACCUCACUCGCCUCCACAACGCUCGCCACGCACGUCAAGAUCGCCUCCACGACAGCAUCCAGCGCCAGCGCCAGCGCCAGCGCCGAAACAAGCAGCGUGACGAUCCCCAAGGACGGCACGUCGGAGGAGAAACUGCACUGGGCCGGAAGCAUUCUGAAGGCUCUCAUGCAGUAUGCUAACUAGGUCAUGCAUGCAUGGUAACUAUUUCUUAUUUGAUUGAUGUAUUUUAUUGACUGAGUGUAGUUGGUUUAGUU